UCCGGUUUUCACAAGACAAAAACGUGCAAAAAUGAGUUUCGCCAAUUACAAGAAAAAUGUGGAGGCCGGAGACACUGUCAUGUUAUAUCUCGGCUUUGAUAAUAUGCACACUUUUGUUGUGAACAAAGGAAUCGUUUUUCAAACAAGAUAUGGCGCUCUGAAACACGCAGAUUUGAUCGGGGUUCAGUACGGUAGCAAGAUUCAGUUGAAAAAUGGAUAUUUAUAUAUUCUCCACCCUACACCGGAGUUUUGGACCUGUAAUCUACCACACAGAACUCAGAUUUUAUAUUCGACAGACAUCAGCCUCAUUACAAUGCAACUGGAUCUCAAACCGGGCUCUGUUGUUGUUGAGUCAGGUACAGGUAGUGGAUCUCUCUCUCAUGCCAUCAUCCGGACAAUUGCCCCUACUGGCCACCUCCACACCUUUGAGUUUCAUGACCAAAGAGCAAAGAUAGCAGAAGAGGAAUUCAAAACUCAUGGAGUCUCUGAGUAUGUAACAGUGACCCACAGGGAUGUAUGUGAAGCAGGGUUUCAGUUGGACCAUGUGGCAGACGCAGUGUUUUUGGACCUUCCAAAACCUUGGCUGGCGAUCCCAAGUGCAAAAAAAGCUCUGAAGUUAUCAGGGGGAAGGGUGUGCUCAUUCUCGCCAUGCAUUGAACAAGUGCAGAAAACUUGUGAAACAUUGACUCAGCUAGGAUUUCAUGACCUCAAGACCAUGGAGUGUUUGUUGAGAAAUUUUGAUGUACGGACUAUCAACUUACCCUCUGCUGACCUUGGGCCAGAAAAUCAAGUUACAGAUGAAAAAGGUGAAAAUAGUGAAGAAACUGAAUUACAAGAUAUCGAAGAAGUUAAAAAGGUAAAUGAAGUUACUAAAAGUGUUGAUGAAGUCAGUGAUGCAAAGAAAGACUUACUUGAAUGUGGAGGUAGUGAGGAAAAAGGUGACACAAAGACCAAACGAGAGGCUGAUGACAACAGAACUGAUAGGUCAAAAAAGAAGUUUAAAUCUGACAAGGAAAAGGGCAAAAAUACGAGGCAUGACUUUGAUCUGAUCGGCUACAAAGAUGAGAAGAGUUUUUUCUUUAAGACUGCUGCUCCUGUAAACCAAAUGCCGGGGCAUACUGGGUUUCUGACAUUCGCGUCCUUGUACCCUUGUUAAGACUAUAAAUUUUAGUGAACUUUCCCCAUAAAGUUCAUUGGAUGAAUUUCAACAAUUAAAAUAUCUUUAAUUCAUUAGUAUUAAAAUGGCUCAGAAAAUGAUGUUAUUACUCAGCUGUUUAUGCAUGUAGUAAAGUGGCAUUGCUGUGAUGGAAUGGGCUGAUAUUUCUUUUUGGUUAUGUAGGGGAUGUUUAUCACAGUGACACACUAUUUAGCUGUGUGUUUUUUUAGGAAAAAAAUAAAUAUGAUUGAUGGCA